GUCGCCUUGGCAACGGGACGCAUAAGCACGCGCGGCGCGCGGUGGCGGUUUGGUCUGGCCCCUGAGGAAUCGCGUUAUGUCGCGACCGAAGAACCAAAAUUACAAGGGCCAUGGAUUGUCAAAGGGAAAAGAGCGACAGCAGAGAGCAUCGAUCCGGUUCAAGACCACCCUCAUGAACACACUCAUGGAUGUCCUUCGCCACAGGCCAGGAUGGGUGGAAGUGAAGGACGAAGGGGAGUGGGAUUUCUACUGGUGUGACGUCAGCUGGCUCCGGGAGAACUUCGACCACACCUACAUGGAUGAACAUGUGCGGAUCAGUCACUUCCGGAACCACUAUGAGCUGACCCGGAAAAACUACAUGGUGAAGAACCUGAAGCGGUUCCGGAAGCAGCUGGAGCGUGAGGCAGGAAAGCUGGAGGCAGCCAAGUGCGACUUCUUCCCCAAAACCUUUGAGAUGCCUUGCGAGUACCACCUGUUUGUAGAGGAGUUUCGCAAAAACCCAGGAAUCACCUGGAUCAUGAAGCCUGUAGCCCGGUCGCAAGGGAAAGGCAUCUUCCUCUUCCGCAGGCUGAAGGACAUCAUGGACUGGAGGAAGGACACAAGAAGCUCUGACGACCAGAAAGAUGAUAUUCCCGUGGAGAACUAUGUGGCUCAGCGUUACAUUGAAAAUCCCUACCUGAUAGGAGGCCGCAAGUUUGACCUGCGUGUCUAUGUGCUGGUGAUGUCGUACAUCCCGCUGCGGGCCUGGCUCUACCGGGAUGGCUUUGCCCGAUUCUCCAACACCCGCUUCACGCUGAACAGCAUUGAUGACCAGUAUAUUCACCUCACCAAUGUCGCUGUGCAAAAAACAUCUCCCGACUACCACCCAAAGAAGGGCUGCAAGUGGAUGCUGCAGCGCUUCCGGCAGUACCUGGCGUCCAAACACGGGCCCGAGGCAGUGGAGACGCUCUUCAGGGACAUCGACAACAUCUUUGUCAAAAGCUUGCAGAGUGUGCAGAAGGUGAUCAUCAGUGACAAGCACUGUUUCGAGCUGUACGGCUACGACAUCCUCAUCGACCAGGACCUCAAGCCGUGGCUCCUGGAGGUCAAUGCAUCCCCAUCACUGACAGCCAGCAGCCAGGAAGACUAUGAGCUCAAGACCUGCCUCCUGGAAGACACCCUGCAUGUUGUGGACAUGGAAGCGAGGCUGCGUCAACGAUCGGAAGAAACAACUGAGGCAGCUCUUCUGCUCCCUUCAAGUUCAGAAGAAAGCUUCCAGUUGAUCCCCAGCUGCCAGGAGGAAAUCAGCCUUAGCAGGUGCCACCCAGGCCUCCCCGCCAGUCCCAGAUCCCAGCACAGCACCUCACAGCGUUCACCUCCCCACCUCCAGCCUGGCACCAGCUUUGCUGGCUUAGCAGCUGCAGCUUACUACCUGAAUUGGGCCCCUUGGAUACCUCCAGCCCAUUCCCAGGCAUCUUUGCACCAGGAGACAGCCAAUCCCUGGGACAGGGGGAGGUUUAACCUUGACAAACUGACUUGGCAAUUAGGCCCAAAGAGAACAAAUACAGCAAGUUCUGCUAACCCCAAGAGAUCAUAUCUAAUAAAUGAGCACAGGCCCUACUUGGAGUCACUGGGCACCAGGCCUGGUUCCGGGGAUACUGUUGGCUGCAGCCAAGUCCUCCUGGCUUUGACACUUGGAUGCCUCCCAAGUCAGUGCUGAAAAGGUCCUUCAGAAGCAAGAGUUUGGAGGCUAAGGAACUCGUCUUUAAGCUAUGCUUACAAAGCAAGCAGUUAUUAGAUUGUGUGUUUAUUGGGGGUCUGGGGAAGUACUGAGCCCGAAACACAUCCUCUUCUCCUUGCAAUACCCUGACCUUGCAUGUCAGGGGAACCCAUGGGGCUCCCUGACCAUCAUCUGAAAACCAGUGGGACAGAGCAUCCCCAUUUCUCAGAUGGAAAAGACAGACCAGGGAGGCAGAGGUUAGUGAGGGUCUCUGCAAAGGUGCAUUUAUCUAAGUCAGAUGGGUGACUUAAGUGCUUCUCUAGGCCUUGUGUUUGAGAUUGGGAGCUGAGCCAGAAACCAGAAAACCUUGGGCUCAUGGGCAGGACAGCUUCGGGAGUUGAGUGUGAGUAAAAAUCUCUGCAUUUUCACAUCUUACAUUCCUAAGCCUCCUCUUGGUUUAAGAGGGGUUGCAACAAGACUUGGGGCUGUUGGGUAACUGCUCCAGGGGGGACUUACUCCCUCUACCACUCCACCUGCUUCAGAGUAGUUUCUCUGGCUGCAAAUGGUGGAAUCUGACUGCCUAGGUUAAGCCCAAAGGGAAGAUUUUUGGAAGGAAAAUACUGACAAAUCCAAGAAGUGAACCAGCCGACUUUAGGAAAGCCAGAAGCCAGGCUACUCUGGACCUUCUGCCUUCAGAGCAUGAGGACUUCUCCCACUCAUCCUUGUACCUGAGGCAAACCAACCCAGACAGGUCCAGGCAUGGACUCCAGGUUCCCUAUUUCCAGGAGAAGGAAUGCGAUUGGCUUUUUUUGGCCCAGCACCCACCCUGCCAGGGAGGAAGGGGCAAUUUUCCAAUGGUGAAAUUGUGAAUCAGGCAGUCACACUGGAGAACAUCUAGCAAGGUGAAUUCUGCAACUCCCUACUUUAUUUACAUUUUAAAAUAAGCAAUAUAUUCAUAUAGUUUAAAAUCCAAAGUUUACAAAAGGGUAUAGGGUGACAUCUCCUUCCCUCCUACCUGUGCGCCCCAACCCUGCAGGUGCUGUUCUGAGGGAAUCACACUGUGCUUGCAUAAAAAUUAUUAGCUUAUAAGACACCUGCCUUCUCCUUGCUUUUCUCACUUGAUGUAUCUUGGAACUUGUUCCUUAUUCUUGAUUAUAGUUGUAUGGUACUGCAGUAGCUGGAGCUAACACCUGUGACCCACAUUCACGUUUUAAAAGAGUUUCUGCAUUAGUCAAAAAUAUUUAAAAGAUUCAACUUCACAACCCAAAUAGUCUAGCUUCUCUUGAAAAAACGUUAAGAACUGGCCAUGACAGCCUGUGUUUCUAUGUAACUAUGAGCCAGAGCCAAGGAGCGGGGGGACCAGGAGAGGUGUGCCCCUGCCAUGCUGCCAUUUGUUAUCACCUGCCUGUCAAAUCACAGGUUCAUUUCAAGGCAAGAACCAUGUUCAUACGUUAUAUUCUAAAUGGAGCGGUGUGCCCUCACUGAAGGACUAGAUGAGGCAAAUAAAGACUAGUUGCUGCU